AUGAUGACGGGAUCAUCAAGAAGAGAACACAUUGAAGAAGUUGUGACUAUAGGAGGAUUAGUAGGAUUGCAAUUCAUAUAUGCAGGGAAUUCUGUACUUCUUGGUUAUCUUAUGAUGUUAGGAUUCACAACAGAAUCUCUGGUCAUCUUAAAUUCCUUUGCUACAUUCCUGAUCCUGUUGCCUUUUACGAUUAUUUUCGAGAGAAACUUAUGGCCCAGAAAAUUUACUCUGAAGCUAUGGAUUAAGCUAAUUUUAGCUUCUUUUGGAGGGGUGACAUUGUGUCAGCCUCUGCUCCUGAAGGGAAUAAAUCUCACGUCACCAGCAAUGGGAACCGCCAUGCCAAACCUUGCUCCUGGUUUCAUAUUUUUUAUCGCUUGGCUCUUCAGGUUGGAGAAAGUUGAGUUGGGCUGCAAAUAUAGCAGAGCGAAAAUUGCAGGAACAAUGCUGUGCGUUAUUGGCGCUGUUAUAAUGAGCCUUUUGCAAAGUACCAUGGAUGGUAAAACAGCAAGACAAUCGCAUUCAUUAUCAUCUCAUACCUUAUUUGAUGCACAAAAGAUACUUGGCUGCAUGUAUCUAAUGGUAGCGGUCCUUCUUCUGUCAAGCACUAUUGUCUUGCAGGCGACAAUAUUGGGCGAUCUUCCAGCUCCAAUGUCAAUAACUGCAAUCACAUCUUUGUUUGGAGUGAUAUUGACAGGACUGGUCCAGUGGAUUCAACAUGGUAGAAUAGAGACUGGAUGGCCCUUGUUAAGUUUCAAAACUUUGAUAUGCUAUUCUGCUGUGGCAGGUUGCAUUAGUGGAGUAUGUAUUAGCUUCAAUACAUGGGCAAUGAAGAAAAGAGGGCCAGUUUUAGUCUCCAUAUUUAAUCCAAUUGGAACUGUUAUUGCACUAAUCCUCUCUGUUAUCACCUUGGAGAAGUCCUUCACCAUAGGAAGUCUUGCAGGAAUGUCCAUCAUGUUUGCUGGUCUCUAUACUGUAUUAUGGGCUAAAGAAAAGGAAAAGAUCAUGACAAGUAAUGAAGUACCAAAAGAAAGUGAUGAGCAACAACAACAACAACAAGAGCAACAGAAAGGGCAUCAAGAACCAAUCUUUAAGCAUUAUUGCAAGGUAUGCAAAAGAGGGUUCGGAUGCGCUGGAGCUUUAGGAGGGCAUAUGAGAAGCCAUGCUGUUGGAGAUGCACGUUGGAGUACUAAUAACAAUAAUAAUCAAUCUUCUUCAAGCAGCCUUAAUGAUGAUCAUAAUAAAGAGUUUGGGAUUCCCAAUAAUCUCAGGAGCAAGGUACAUCCCGAUCAUCAUCAUCAUCAACAAGGUGAAAAUGCAAAACAUUCUUACUUCCUCCGAACCAAUACUAAUCGAUUCAUGAGUAACUACCGGAGUAGUUUUAGCGAUGAUCAUCAUGUUCGCGGUGAAAAUAACAUUAAUCAGAGGAGAUCUUUGAUUCCGCGACAUGGCAUCGUUGACAAUGAUCGCGCAGCGGGGAAGUAUUUGUUGUCCCCAAUGUCAUCAUCUGAAUCUGAAGUUGAAGAGGCGAAUCACAUGAUCAUCAAGUCCACAAGAGUGAAAUCCGAUACUAAUUAUCAAGAUCAUGAUCGGCAUUGUUCUGCUUCGAGCGAAGAAGAGGAUCUCGCGAAUUGUUUGGUAAUGCUGUCAAACAGAUCAUUCGUUCUGUCUGAGGAUCAUACUAAUAAGGUGCAGGGGACAAACAAGAUUAGUAGUAGUACUAAUAAUUAUCAUCACGCGGAAAACAACAACAACAACAAAGGUUUGUUCCAAUGUAAAGCUUGUAAGAAAGUGUUCAAUUCACAUCAAGCUUUAGGAGGACACAGAGCAAGUCACAAGAAGGUGAAAGGAUGUUAUGCUUCCAAAUUCAAUGAAAAUGAUGAUCAAUCAUCCAUCAAUGAAGAAGAUUUGAUCAUCAAUCAACAAGCAGAGGAACUUCAUUUCAACCAAUCUGAAAAUCCUUCUGAACAGCCUGCUGCAGAAGGGGUGAUUGAUCUUGAUUAUUCACCUAAUCAUAAUCAUGAUCAGCUUCCAAACAGUACUAAUCCUAAUCAUCAUUCUUCAACAUUGUCAAACAAAAAGUCCAAAUCUCAUCAAUGUUCCAUUUGUCAAAGGGUGUUCUCAUCAGGACAAGCAUUAGGUGGGCACAAAAGAUGUCAUUGGUUGACCUCAAAUUUACCAGACAGUUCCAUCAUACAAAACUUGCAAGAUUUCAACUUUGGUAACACUCAACAACUCUUCAAGAAGCCUCAUAACAUGCUCCCAUUGGCAACGGCUUCAUCAUCCGAGGCGGCCCAACUUGAUCUCAAUUUCCCUCCAAUGCUGAACAAUGCAGCUGAUAAUCUCAACAUGGGAAGUUACUAUGAAGCUCCAGCAAGAACUUUCUUGCAAUUGUGGAAAAAUGAGGAUCAACAACAGGUUGACAAAGAGCGCGAUCAUCAUCAACAGCAGCAGAAGUGUACUAAAAUCGCGGCGAAUAAAUCGAAGAAUGAUGAAGAAGAUGUGGAGGAGGAGGAUUGUAGGAUGAAGAAGAUAGCAAAGUUGAGUGAUCUUAAAGAUUCAGAUUGGUUACAAGUGGGAAUUGCUUCAACAACACAUAUAUAA